CGCCCAUCAGACGUUGCACAGGCCGUGUUUCCAGGUGCUGUUGCAGUGAAGAUGGACUUUAGCACUAGUUGUCAUGGCUUAUAUGCCUUCUGAAGCUAGCUAGCUGCGUCUCGGAGGUUUGGUUUUUCCUGUCAAAUCUCCGUGUGAAGGGAGCGAGAACUGGGCUAGUCUCACAAAGACCACAAAAAAAUGCACCCUGACUCGGAAUUGAGAAUUUGAACUGCAUCGCUGGGAUAAAUAAUUUAUGCGGCCAUGGCUGGGCUGAUCAAGAAACAGAUCCUCAAACACCUCUCCAGGUUUGCUAAGAACCUGUCCCCAGACAAGAUCAACCUGAGCACGUUGAAGGGCGAGGGCCAGCUCACCAACCUGGAGCUGGAUGAGGAGGUUCUGCAGAGCAUGUUGGACCUGCCCACCUGGCUGGCCAUCAACAAAGUGGGCUGCAACAAGGCUGCCAUCCGGAUCCCAUGGACCAAGCUGAAGACCCACCCCAUCUCUCUGACCCUGGACAAGGUGGUAAUGGAGAUGAGCACCUGUGAUGAGCCCCGCCCUCCCAACGGCCCAUCUCCCAUAGCAACGGCCUCGGGGCAAAGUGAGUAUGGCUUUGCUGAGAAGGUGGUGGAGGGCAUCUCUCUGUCCAUCAACUCCAUCGUGGUGAAGAUCAGUGCCAAGGCGUUCAACGCCUCCUUUGAGUUGAGCCAGCUGCAGGUCUACUCCGUCAACACCAGCUGGAGCCUGUCAGACCUCCGCUUCACACGCAUACAGGACCCACACAGAGGAGAGAUCCUGACGUUUAAGGAGAUCAGCUGGCAGAUGAUCCGCAUCGAGGCGGACGCCAUCCAGAGUGCCCAGAACGAGAUGCUGAGUGCCCCCAUCCGCCUGAUCACCAACCAGUCCAAGAUCAGAGUCACCCUGAAGAGACGGUCCAAGGACUGUAAAGUGGUGGCCUCUAAGCUGAUCCUGAUCCUAGAUGACCUGCUGUGGGUGCUGACUGACUCCCAGCUCAAAGCCAUGGUCCAGUACGCCAAGUCACUCAGCGAGGCCAUGGACAAGUCUGCUCAGCAGAGGAAGAGCAUGGCCACCGAGGACCAGGAGUCGUCGGCGCCCCCCUCAGCCCAGCAGAUGCGUAGCCAGCAGGUGUCGUCGUCAGGCACAGCGGCUGACCAGAGCGCCACCAUGGCUAAUCUGUUCGCUGCCUUCGACGUGUGUGAGACCUCCCACCACCUGCAGAUUACACACCUCGACCUGCACAUCUGUGACGACAUACACGCCAAGGACAGAGUGAUCAAUAAGAGGAUAACUGGUGGGGCCAUGCAGCUCUCCUUCAGUCACAUUACCCUGGACUACUACCCCUCCCACAGAGCAGGUGAGAGUUGUCUCCACUGGAUGCAGUACAGUGAGGCCACUAAGGCCAGGGAGGGCUGGGCCAGCAGUCUACUGGAGGAGUUCAAGUCUAAUGUGGAGAUGUUGAAGACCGCCAAGAGAGACCGGGAGGGCCUGGCCAACUGUCACACCUCACCACAGCACGGUAAGAUCAGUACUAGUUCUACCAGUAUCCUCAGUUCUCCCCAGACCCCCAAGACGCAGCUCCUGUCCAGCUCCAUUGUCCUCAGGAUAGCUGACUUCAGCAUCUACCAGGUGUCCACAGCAGACCAGCGUCGCUCCAGCCCUAAGGCCAUGAUCUCCUGUAAUAAGAAGUCCCUGUACCUCCCUCCUGAGAUGCCUGCCAUCCACGCCGAGUUCACCGAAUACUACUUCCCUGACGGAAAGGACUACCCCAUCCCUUGCCCCAACCUGUUUGUGCAGCUGAAUGCGCUGCAGCUGGUGCUGGACCCCAGGAGCCUGGUGUGGUGCAACCUGUUUGCGCUGGACCUGAGGCAGAGCCUGGAACAGUUCAUGGAGCUCUACAAGCUCAAUGACGAGGAACAGAAGCCUGACGAGCACAUCGACAUCAGGGUGGACGGACUAAUGCUCAAGUUGUUAGUGCCCACGGACAGGGACCCCUCCUAUCCCCAGGACCUCCCCCGUUCCGUCUCUGUCCAAUGCUCGGAGAUGGUGGCCACCAACACCCGCCACCCCCCCAACUGCUCCCGCUCCCACCUGGAAGCCCUCCUCCUCUCCUUCCAAGAACAACAGUUCUUCUCCACCUCCUUUUCCUCCUUCCCUCGCUCCUCCACCUCCUUCCCAGUGAUCCACCCCAUUUUCCAGCGCCACGCGCAUGAGCAGGACACUAUGUUGCACAAUGUGUAUAAAGGGUUGGUGUCGCCCUCGUUGGGCGUGGAUGCCCUCAAAAUGCCAGCUGCCACAGACUUGUGGGCGGUUCAUUUUGUCCAGUUCUGGGUGGACUACGAGGGGAUGCGCGGCGGGAAGGGGCGGCCCCAGCCCUUCGUUGACGCCUUCCCCCUCACUCUGUGGGCGUGCCAGCCGGUCAGACACGCCCAGCACCAGGAGUGGCUAAUGGGCGGGGCUUCGAGAGGGCAGAGAACUUCCCUUUCUGCAGCUGCAGGCCUGGCCAGGAGCGAGCCUGUGGAUACUGUGGGACGUCUGCAGAGGAAGAGGCUUUUGAAGGAGUACUAUAGUACUGUUACGGACGCCACGGCAACAGAGGCCUCGCUGCCGCCUAGCAACGGGCUUCACAAGCCACUGUCCCUGGACAACAUCCCCCCACCUUCCUCGUCUUCCUCUUCCAGUAAGGAGGCAGACAUGCACAUGUUAGUGCACGUACAAAAGCAUUUGAGCGCUCAGGUGAGCCACAGGCAGUACAUGUUCCUGAUGCGGCUUCAGCGCAGCAUCAAAGCCUUGCAGCACACCCUGCAACAGGACCUGGAGGGGAUGGGCUCCAAACGAGACAAGGCAAAGACCACAUCGGACCCCUUUCCAGACCACCAGCCCUUCAGUGCCUGUGUGGGGAUCCUGCUCAAAAGUGCAGAGGUAGCGCUCUUCUUGAAGCUGGUCCCCCAGCCCGAGGGUCCUGGUUCCCCCCUAGGGUCGGAGUUGUCCCCUUCGGAGAGUAGAUGCACUUUGGAGACUGGGAGUGACGGAGGGGAGGGGGGGGAUAGAGGAACCCACGUGGAGGGGGCUGGGACGAAGGGAAGCUGUACAGUGGACCAGCUUAUGUGUGGGGGAGGGGUAGAGGGUGGGAUAACGCAAGGCCCCGCCCCUCUCAUCCCCGCCUCCGCCCUCAACCUGAAGGUGUCUCUUGACGAGAGGACAGGGAGAUCGAGUUCAGAGGAGUUGGGAGAGGCUUCCCUGGAGGCCCGGACUGAGGGAGAGGAGCUGGGGACCGGAGUUGAUUGUAAAGCCCAGCAGGGUGAGUCCUCCGGGGCAGACCCCACUCUCUCAGACCCCCUCUCCACCAAAGACUGGAACGAGAAGAACCCUGGGGCCAGAUUGCCUGAGUCUAUGUCCAGUGGGCGUCUGAUGAGGGAGCGUUCCCAGUCCAGUUUCUCAGUGUCCUUUAAGAACAUGAAGAAGACUCCGUCUCUGCAGUCCUUGGACAACCUCUCCAUAGACAGCUACCUGAUGGAGGACGGAGACACAGACACAUACAGCCUGCUGGAGAGGGACGACGUGUCCAUCUCAGGCUUUAAGGAUGUGGUGAGGGAGCAGAGUGCCACAGAAAUUGCCAAGGAGGCAGCAGCAGUAGCGGCCAUGGUCACAGGGGAGCAGGACGGUGCUGGCUCACCAGAUACUGUCAGUGCCACCUCCCAGAGCAUCGACGAACCCACCAAAGACAUGGUGUCGGUGCUGGUGCUGAAGGUGCAGUGUGUGUGUGGGGGGAUGGAAGUGCGAGGGGAGAGCACAUCUGUGUCUCUGGAGGUGGGCUGCGUCAGACCCACACAGCUGGGAAACGUCAGCCUCCGACAAUACCUCAGCAACCGCAGCCUGGGUAUGGUACCCACUGCUCAGGGCAGCACUAUUGUACCCCCUGCCCCAGGCAGCGAAGGUGGUGGUCUGGAGGCCAAUUCAGACGGGACCACCCAUCUCCCGGAGGUCAGGGCUCGGCUGGAGAGCGGGCCCUGUGCUGCCACCCGCUCCCCCCUGGCCGAGACCAACGGUUUCCUCCAGCUGCGUCUCCACGGCUACCGGGCCAGCUUCCUCAUGUCGUCGCUAAGGAACCUGGCUCACUUCCUGGAGGAUGACUCCGCCCCCCAGGUCCUCCCGAUGGAGAUUAGCGUCAGGGACACACACAUCGACCUGAAGGAUGAUGGUCUCCGUGACAACCCAUCUGACCCUGAUCCCACCCCCAUUACCCUGCACAUCGCCAACCUGCUCAUCCACAGGACCGACGAUGGAGCCUUCUCUAUAGGGGUGGAAAAUGCGUCUGAGGCGGGGCCUAAGAAAGAAGUCCAAUUGAUUGACAGCGGUCUGUCUCCAGUCCCUGAGAGUGUGGUCAACAGCACUCCCAAGGCCACACAGACCCCCAGCCCUCCUAGCCCUAGCACAACCCCCUCCAACAAAGAACAGCUGCUGAUAGAGGAGAACGAAUGUUUGAAACUGGAGCUCUCCAAAGCCAAGAUGGCUCUAGCUGAGGCCCAAAUGGAGAAGGACUCCCUGUUGCACCGCAUGAAGAGUCUCAAAGUGAACAGCAGCUAGGGUAGGCCAACAGAGGCCCAGUGACCACCAAUUUGCAGUGCUGCAUAUCACCACUGGGGGGAAGCAGAGAGGAGAGAGGGGGUGCUGGAUACUGGAGCUACUUGAUCUAGCAUCACACAAGUAUUAUUCACGCAUCAGCCAGGUCAUUCAAGCCUGUUCUUAUGAAGGGCUGGUCGCCUAAGAACUAGAACACACACACACACACACACACACACACACACACACACACACACACACACACACACACACACAGUCCAUGAAGUCUACUCCUUAACACACACACGCAGUCCCUGAAAACCAGAGAGGGGGGCUACUUUUUCACUUCAGCCCACCUACCACCCUCAUCCCUACCCCCAGUAGAGGAACUGGAGAGUGGACCGUGUUAGACUUUCAUCCCCUCCUCGAUACAGUGCUGCCGUGUCAUCCCUGGGCUGGGACUAGGACUGUAGUACACAUGCUUAUUUUACAUGAUUGUUGUGCUUGUUUUGAGUUGCUCUCUUUAUGCAGUAAGUUAGUGUUCAGUCUCUCCAGUAAUCCGACUCUGCAAGCCAGAGCAGCCUCCUAAAUAUGGGAGGGAUGAAGGGGAGAGGGAUGGGACGAAUCUAAAUUAAACAGCCCUCAAGUGGAAUGGAGGGGCUAGGGAGGUGUGGUGGGAGUCCUGAAUGUUAGUCUCAGGGGGAAAAGUUGCCCUCCCCGAAUCGAUACCUUAAAUAGGAGAAACAACUUUAUCAAGCAUAUUUGAGGAGCAUAUGUAAUAUGACCUUUUAUGGGAGGGGCUUGCCUGGUUGGGUGGGGUGAGACACUGAAUGUCAUAUCUUUGGAGGAAUGUCUUAAAAAUAGACUUAUUUUGCACUGCGCUGAAACCGAACAUGUAAUUUGGUGCUUAUGAAUUUUUUUUAUCUAGCACUUAACCAAUUGUACUUGGAGUGUGUAUGGUAAUGUACUUAUGAUGGGCAAAGCGUACACAAUGUUUUCUACAGAAUUCGGAAAUGAUUGUGCAGUGUGUGUGUUUUCAACAUGUAUUUGUCAUGUAACUAAAACAAGCAUUUCAUUUAAUUGAAAAGGAAAAUAUACAAUUAUAUAUUUUCACAUUUACUUUUCUUCCAUUCCAUCUAGUUGAUGUCUACAAUGCCCAUAAUGUCCCAUUGCACUGUUUCCCCCCCCUAUUUUUCUACAUGUAAAUAGCUAGUUGUGUGUCCAGCACUUUUGAACUACAUUCACUGUAAAUACGAUCCCUGUACGAAAGCAUCAUCCAAUCCAGUUGAGAACACUAUCCUAUCAUCUCUCGAUCAUCCAAUGAGUGGAAAGAACACUAAUAUGGAGAGCAAGUUACCAUCUCUAUUCUCCUAUGAGGAUAAAGCCUGGGGUGUAUUCAUUAUUCGGAUUCCUUUACAAAAUGUAUUUUCUGUUCAAAACGUUUUGCAACUAAAAACAUUUACUCCAAACGGAAAACAUUUUGCAACGAUUGGACAAAUUCAGGUAGGUCCCCCCUCGUUGGUUCCGUUUGCGUUGUUUGCUUCCGUUAAGUUCCUAGAGUAAAUUGUUUCCGUUGCAAAACGUUUUUUGUAAAGGUCUGCGACUAAUGAAUACAGCUCUCGCAUAGCCUCUGCCGAGCCCAACACCGGACGAUCCGGUUUUAAGGGGAAAUGGAAAGAGCCUGUGACGCGACUUCCACUUUUGGACAUUAACAAGGUAACGCUCCAUCUCCUCCACAUGUACUGGAUUGGUUGAAUGGUGCAGAAGAGAACCUCCUGACUUCUCUCCCCCCCCCCCCCCCCCUUCUCGUCAAGAUUUGUUGUAAAGGAUCUAGUUUCAGGCGUUUAUUUUAGGUAACUCCUCCCAAUGCAGGAGGGGAAACACAGGCUUGUGCUUUUCUGUGCGUGCAUUCUAUAUUUGCAUAAUCCUACAUGUGUAGUUUUUCACCCACGUGAAGUCGUGCCCAUAUCUGCUGCUCCAUGCUUGUCUGUUGGGGGAGUGUUGUAGAAUAGAGCUUUAUUUCCCCUUUGGAGCAUGCUUUUGGCUCACACAGAAUUCAGUCAGAAGGCAGUUCUGUCUGAAGCAUCACGUCUUACACAGGGACGUUUCCAGUAGUAGCAUGAGAUUUGCUGACAGAUUACAAUGGCUUGCCUCUCUCUUUAAAGGUGUAGUCUGCAGGUUCUCUGUCUCGUAUGGCAAUGAGAUCAAGUAAAAACACAACUACCCUAAAACAAGACCGAAGAAGGAAAAAGUAGUUCUGUUUACACCAACUAUGGCAACUGGUCUUUCUUUGGUUUUCACUGGCAGGCUCACUCGAAUGACCCCAUCCUAGUCCUUCAAAAAGGGCACAGAUUGGGAAUACAUCAUUUUCCUACUUUAAAGUCCUUAACUAUCCAAAUUGUGGACCUAGCUCAGCCUAGGCCUAGUUCAGUCCAGCUGAAUGUCUUUCCAAGCUGCGCUGUCCACUCUCCCCAGCUCUCUCUGCCUUGAUACGAUGCCGGUUCAUUUACCUGCUCAUCACUGACAAGACUUGAAUGGCUGUUAGGAUUUGAAUGCUUGAUUGUACUUUAAAGGCUGCCCUCCCCGGAGUUAACUUUCUCAUCCACUUUCUGGUCUGAACGGACCCGCCCCCUCAUUACAAUAGCUCCUCCCUUGACCUGCUCAGCCGCUCCUCUCCUGGGAGCUCCGCCUCCUGAGAACCUGUGCACAAAAAGAAAAUGAUUUGUAAUAUUUGUCUGUCGAAGCUGCUGAGCUACUGAUGAAAAUAAAAAGGUAUCCAAUAAAUGUCAGUUGUCAUACUG